ACAAGGGUUGAAAGUGGAAGAUGAAGGAAAGAGAGAUGAGAAGAUUGAGGGAAGACGCACAGCUUUGAUUGAUUUUUAUAAUGUGACAGAGGCACUGAAGUGCAUGUCACAGCUUUGAUUGAUGAAAACGUUCCAUCUCCUGUCCGCUCUCUUUUUUGGGUCUGUAUUCUCUCACACAUACACACAAUCACCAUUCUCCAAACAGCAGCAAACCCAUGCAUUGCCCUUUCUCCUGCUGAUUAAACGCUUUCCUUCCAUAGCCUCUUCACUACUGCCUUCUUUUGUGUAUGUACGCUUUCAAUACGACUUCUUAUUCGCUCUAUGUUCUCUUGGGCUGUAUCGUGUAGUAGUAGCAGUCAUACCCACCUGUUUCCUUGGUUCAGACGUGUACGCAGCCCGAGUUAAAAAUAAUAAGCAAACAUUCCGAAGCCGUAACCUGCUAAGCACAGCCUCCUCAACAGACUCGUAGGUCCGUGAUUACAUCAUUGUUGUGUUCUUGUAGCUAUUUGUCACAAUAACACUUACUCUAUCACCCACCAUAUGACUUGAAUGCUAUGCCGGUAGUCGUAUAUCAAUCAUCAUGAGUUUUGCCUGGUUAUCGUUUUGAAUGAUUAAUGUCAAGACACAUCGCGGAAGCUUUCAAAGC